CUUUUCUUCUUUUGAGAAGUUCAUUUUGCUGCCUCUCAAACAGGCACGUCAUCUAAAUCUUCAAAGACUUAGGCUGAUACCAUGGGUUCCGAAGCAGAUGAUUCUAAAGAAGUGGCGACAGAUGUCUUUAAUUCCAAAAGUUUGGCCAUUCAGGCCCAAAAGAAAAUUCUUGGCAAAAUGGCCUCCAAAUCAAUAGCAACUGCUCUGAUAGAUGACACCAGCAGUGAUGUGUUGGAUGAACUCUACCGAGUGACAAAGGAAUACAUACAAAACAAGAAGGAAGCUGAGAAGAUAAUUAAAAAUCUCAUUAAGACUGUUAUCAAAUUAGCAAUCCUAUACCGGAACAAUCAGUUUAAUCAGGAAGAGACUGUACUCAUGGAGAAGUUCAAAAAAAAGGUUCACCAGUUGGCUAAAACUGUGGUGAGCUUCUAUCAAGUGGACUAUACCUUUGACAGGAAUUUUUUGUCAAAACUGUUAAACGAGUGUAGAGAUCUACUUCAUCAAAUAAUUCACCGUCACCUGACAGCAAAAUCUCAUGGACGUGUCAACCGUGUGUUUGAUCAUUUCUCGGACUGUGAAUUUUUGGCUGCCUUAUACAAUCCAUUUGGAUCUUACAAGACUCAUCUCCAGAGGCUUUGCGAUGGUGUCAACAAAAUGCUAGAUGAAGGCAAUAUUUAAUUGCAUCAGUAUCGGUGGAUUGUAUAUUCAUAGGCUGAGGAUUGAUGGUGGUCUUAGGGAGUCAAUGAAAAAAUGAAGAAAGGCUAGAUAGUGUUAUGUUGGUGGUAAGGAAGUAUUUACGAUCAAUGGAUGCGCUGAAAAUUCUUCAGCAGAUUGACUUAUUUAUUUGGAAUGGCCUAUUGCUGUUUCCAUUUUUUGGUAAUACUAUGCUUUAAAAUACGGAUUAAUGAAGCCAUAAAACAGGACUACUCAAGUGAAACAGGAUUUCAUAAAAUAGGCAGGGAUAAUGAAACGUCAUAUUCUAAAAGUGUAAGCAUUUUCCUAAUCUGCUAUGUUCAGAUUGUGCCUGUGCAUACUUGCAGAGAGCUGCGCUACCUAUGUUGAGUGAGUUUUAAGACUGAACAGGUUUAACAAAACCCUUUUUUCCCCAAUUCAUUUAAAACUGUCUGCACUAUACACAAAUGUUUAAGUGACAUUGUCAUAGUUACACUAUUUAAACAGUUAACUGGCCCUUUGAGCUGUAGACCUUCAUUUUUUAAAUGUUCAGGGCUUCCACUAGGAAAUAACUAAAGUGGUGUGAGCUGCUAUCUCCAUCACUGAUAAUAUAGUCUUAUAUAUAGUUACUCUCCUCAAGGUAUUCUUGGAAUAAGCUUCCCAGGAGAAGAAACUAUUUCACACAAUGUGCUUCUGAGAAGCCCUGAGCUAAAUUUGUACUUCUAGGGCAAUAACACUGGGCUUCCUUUACAUGGACCUUUCUUAAUCAUCUUUAUGGUUUGAUUUCUUCAACUAAAGAAAUAAGAAGAAAAUAAGUUUUGUAUUACUUAUCAAUGUGGUAUAUAUUUGACAAUCACUGAGGAUUUACAGAUGUGCCCCGCAUCCUACCUAAUAGCACAAUGUCAUAUAUAGUGAAAAGUAUCAUUACUUCUGGUUACAUUUUGUAGAAAAAUGUGCUUCCAAGUGAAAUUGUUCAAGAAAGAUGAAACUGGAAUGUGUAUGUCAUCCAUAUAUAUGUAUAUUUCUAGAACAAGGUGACAGAAUGCAGUGAUCCUUAGAAAAAGAUAUGGGUAGUAAUCUGAAUCUAGAAACUAUUAGUCUGUGAACCAAAUGUUUAAUAAUGUGUAAUUUUGUUUUAUUCAGAAACCAAUGUAUAUGUAAUGUAGGUUAAAUAUAUAGCAAAUAUUGGAAAAAUAUAUUGUAAGAGCUUAAAUAAGUUUGUUUAAUCUUUGGACUAUUGAAAAAUGCUGAACAUGUAAUGCUUUAUACUUCAAGCAACUGGUUGAAAACUU